GAGGUGACCUUCGACAUCGAUGCCAACGGUAUUUGCCACGUCGCGGCGAAGGACAAGGCAACUGGCAAAACACAGAACAUCACAAUCACAGCAAACGGUGGUCUGAGCAAGGAGGACAUUGAGCGUAUGAUCCGCGAUUCGGAGACACACGCAGAGGCAGACCGUCUCAAGCGCGAGCUGGUGGAGGUGCGCAACAACGCCGAGACCCAGGUGACCACAGCUGAGCGCCAGCUGACAGAGUGGAAGUAUGUGAGCGACGCCGAGAAGGAGAAUGUGCGCACGCUUCUCGCAGAGCUCCGCAAGGCGAUGGAGAACCCUAACGUGGCAAAGGACGAGCUCUCUGCGGCAACAGAUAAGCUUCAGAAGGCAGUCAUGGAAUGCGGCCGUACCGAGUACCAGCAGGCGGCGGCAGCAAACAGCAACAACAACAGCAGCAAUCAGGGUGAACAGCAGCAGCAACAGGAUCAGCAGCAACAGCAACAACAACAACAGGACUCUGAUAAGAAGCAGUAG